AUGAACUUCAAACUAUCAAAUUCGGUUCUCGCAUUUAUCUUUUCCCUGAACAUCGCUGCUGUGGUGCAUGGAGCUACUACUGCCAGUAUGUCGAACUCUAGAUCCAAAAAUAAGUACCACAUUGUGGUCUACCAAAACGCCAGGUGUACCGGAGAGGCUAUUACAUACUCUGGUGACUCUGGGGAUUGCUUCGACGGAUUGGGCAGCGGCGGUUCGGGACUUCAACUCUUGGCAUUGGAGAAUGGCGGGAAGCUUGUCUUCUACGGUCAACCCGGAUGUCCAGAUAAUGAGCACGUCGCCGCCAGGUUCAUCCACGCAAAUCAGACUGGCCUUGGCUGCAAGCCGUUGAGCGGAAACCCCGUGUCAUUUAAGUUCUUGGGCGCCUAG